UGAUCGUGCGUCCUGCAGCGAUCAGCGUAAGUCCAUGACGCACGAGAAGAUGUCAAGAGCAGCUGGACACUCAGGUUGUCAGAUGAUCGAUGAUCGAUGGCUGGCACAGGAGCGUGUUCCGUGGUCUGAUUGAAUCUCCAUGGCCCAGCCUCGACGAUCUUCCGCUUUGGUCGUUGGUAAGCGGGUUCGCGUAUUCCUGUUUAUUAGAUGCGAUUGUGGUGUGGCUCAGGGCUACAGUUCCGAGCAGUCUGCUUUCUCUCUUUCUUACCUUAGAGUUGGGCCGACGAGAAUUGACGACGAUGCCCUUUCGGAAUGUGCCUGCUCGUGUGAGCUGCCCGGCUGCGGCAAGCGCAAAUGAUCGAUCUCCAUCCGCUCUGCCUAAUGAGCGAUAAACUCAAAUAUCUUCCCACUAAAUUUUCCUGCAGCCCUGUCGCAACCCGUCACGGCCGCAUACGCGCGAGUCCCAUUCCACCGGCCUUCCUGUCUGGGGAUUUCGAUCACAUUCUUGGUUCCGGAGCGCCAUCGACGGAGGCGCCGU